GUUCCCAAUUGCAGGAGGACUAUUAAUACCACUGCCUGUAGGCUUCUACUUGCUUCAUCAUUGCAACAGACAUGGCAGAAACAGAGCUUGGUUGCAGAGAUCAAAGGUGGUCACUCAAGGGCAGGACUGCACUUGUCACCGGCGGAACCAGAGGAAUUGGCUACGCCAUAGUAGAAGAACUAGCAGGGUUUGGAGCGAGAGUUCAUAUCUGUUCCCGUAAUGAGAAAGAGCUCAAAGAGAGGACAGAAGAAUGGAAGAGUAAAGGGUUCGACGUUAGCUUCUCAGUUUGUGACCUCACAUCUAGAGCUCAGAGAGAGAAGCUGAUUGAUACAGUCUCCUCUGUUUUUGAUGGGAAGCUCAAUAUCCUCGUGAAUAAUGCUGCAACAGUUAGACUAAAAAAUUGUUUAAAUUAUAAUAUGGAAGACUACUCAACCAUAACGACAACAAACUUGGAAUCUCCUUAUCAUCUCUGUCAAUUAUCGCAUCCACUUUUGAAAGCAUCAGGAAAUGGAAGUAUCGUCUUUAUAUCCUCUAUCGCCGGCGAAGUCGCUUUGCCGAUGAUUUCCUUAUAUGCAGCAACUAAAGGGGCAAUCAACCAAUUAACAAAGAACUUGGCAUGUGAAUGGGCACAAGAUAACAUUCGGGCAAACACUGUUUCUCCGUCAGGGACCAGAACCUCCGUCAUGCAGGAAUCUAGUUUUGUUAUAGGAUCCAGCCGUUUUGAAGGCGUAUGGGGGGAUGUUAGGCCAAACUCCAAUUGCGCGCGUUGCAGAGCCCAACGAGGUUUCAUCGCUGGUGGCGUUCCUUUGUCUUCCUGCAGCUUCUUACAUUACUGGGCAAGUUAUAUGUGUGGAUGGAGGAUUAACUGCCAACGGUUUUUUGCCAAAUGAUUUCUGAAACAGAAAGUGACGAGGCCUGUCUGUGAAUUGGUUUUAGUCCAGUGCUUCACGUUCUAUUUAAGAUGGUCUAAAUUGUUCAGUGUAUGUUCUUUUUCAUUUUGUAUGAAAGUGUUCUAAAAGAAGAUUGUUGUA